UGCAAUAUUUGCAUAAAACACAAUCCACUGCAAUGUUAUGGGUCAUCAAUGAACACAUUAACUUUCAAGUUUCUUUUGGACAGCCCAGUUCCAUUUCUGAUGAUGCAGAGGUUGUAACACUUAUUGGAAGUUGCCAGGAUGCAGCUAAUCAGAUAAACCAGAAAGAAAUACAUUGGGGAUUGCUUGAAGAUUCCCUAGAAGAACGCUUGGAGAAAGCUGGAGGUUUGCUUUCUGAUUCUGAAAAGACAGAAGAAGAGAACAAAGAGGGGGAUGUAGAUGAGACUAUGGUACUUUUUGCUGUAAAAGAUAUUCAAUCAGACAAUGACAUCGAUGAAUAUGACGCUAGUAGCAUUGUAAUAGAAGAUACCCAAGGUUCACCUACUUCCACUUCUUCUUCCACUCCACCUUCUACCGAUGAUACUGAAUUAGACAAUGACAUCGAUGAAUACGAUACUAGCAGCAUUGUAAUAGAAAAUACCGAUCUUCAGUCACUUAACCUUAAACCAUUGAAAUCAAAAUAUAUAAUUUAA